UUGAGCUGCUCGCCAAGAACUAGAUUACAAUGCUUCUCUCCCAUAUCGAACGUAUUUACUUCGAGCUUCGGCUACACCAGCAGCUACCUUCAGUUGAGCUGCUCGCCAAGAACUAGAUUACAAUGCUUCUCUCCCAUAUCGAACGUAUUUACUUCGAGCUUCGGCUACAUCAGCAGCUACCUUCAGUUGAGCUGCUCGCCAAGAACUAGAUUACAAUGCUUCUCUCCCAUAUCGAACGUAUUUACUUCGAGCUUCGGCUACAUCAGCAGCUACCUUCAGUUGAGCUGCUCGCCAAGAACUAGAUUACAAUGCUUCUCUCCCAUAUCGAACGUAUUUACUUCGAGCUUCGGCUACAUCAGCAGCUACCUUCAGUUGAGCUGCUCGCCAAGAACUAGAUUACAAUGCUUCUCUCCCAUAUCGAACGUAUUUACUUCGAGCUUCGACUACAUCAGCAGCUACCUUCAGUUGAGCUGCUCGCCAAGAACUAGAUUACAAUGCUUCUCUCCCAUAUCGAACGUAUUUACUUCGAGCUUCGGCUACAUCAGCAGCUACCUACAGUUGAGCUGCUCGCCAAGAACUAGAUUACAAUGCUUCUCUCCCAUAUCGAACGUAUUUACUUCGAGCUUCGACUACAUCAGCAGCUACCUUCAGUUGAGCUGCUCGCCAAGAACUAGAUUACAAUGCUUCUCUCCCAUAUCGAACGUAUUUACUUCGAGCUUCGGCUACAUCAGCAGCUACCUUCAGUUGAGCUGCUCGCCAAGAACUAGAUUACAAUGCUUCUCUCCCAUAUCGAACGUAUUUACUUCGAGCUUCGGCUACAUCAGCAGCUACCUACAGUUGAGCUGCUCGCCAAGAACUAGAUUACAAUGCUUCUCUCCCAUAUCGAACGUAUUUACUUCGAGCUUCGGCUACAUCAGCAGCUACCUACAGUUGAGCUGCUCGCCAAGAACUAGAUUACAAUGCUUCUCUCCCAUAUCGAACGUAUUUACUUCGAGCUUCGGCUACAUCAGCAGCUACCUACAGUUGAGCUGCUCGCCAAGAACUAGAUUACAAUGCUUCUCUCCCAUAUCGAACGUAUUUACUUCGAGCUUCGGCUACAUCAGCAGCUACCUACAGUUGAGCUGCUCGCCAAGAACUAGAUUACAAUGCUUCUCUCCCAUAUCGAACGUAUUUACUUCGAGCUUCGGCUACAUCAGCAGCUACCUACAGUUGAGCUGCUCGCCAAGAACUAGAUUACAAUGCUUCUCUCCCAUAUCGAACGUAUUUACUUCGAGCUUCGGCUACAUCAGCAGCUACCUACAGUUGAGCUGCUCGCCAAGAACUAGAUUACAAUGCUUCUCUCCCAUAUCGAACGUAUUUACUUCGAGCUUCGGCUACAUCAGCAGCUACCUACAGUUGAGCUGCUCGCCAAGAACUAGAUUACAAUGCUUCUCUCCCAUAUCGAACGUAUUUACUUCGAGCUUCGACUACAUCAGCAGCUACCUUCAGUUGAGCUGCUCGCCAAGAACUAGAUUACAAUGCUUCUCUCCCAUAUCGAACGUAUUUACUUCGAGCUUCGAGCUACAUCAGCAGCUACCUUCAGUUGAGCUGCUCGCCAAGAACUAG